UCCUUGAAAUUGUCUAUUCUUGAAAUCGAAAGCUUCCACUUUCUAGUGGAAAAGCUGAAGCUAAAAAUAAUUGUCCUCUGCUUUUCCCCAUAUAGAAAAGGUAAAAAAAUUUAUGGCAUAGUCACUUCCAUCCUCCAUAUUUAAUUCUUGCAAGGUUGACAUGACAUACAUAUACAUAUCCACAAUGAAAAACCUCCAAUUUCUAGCGGUUGCCACCAUUAUCUUCCUACUUCAUAAUCUUGAUGAAACAACCGCUGACAAUGACAUCAGCAAUGACGACAAGGAGCUUCUUCUUAAAUUCUCUUCGUCGUUCCCACAGCCACACAAACUAACCUGGAGUUCCACAAUCCGUAACUGCAAAGAUUGGGUUGGCAUCAAGUGUAACGAGAAGGGCAAUGUUACUGACAUUAAUCUCCCUACUAAGGGACUAUACGGUCCAAUUCCGAAUAAUACCAUCGGAAAGCUGCGUUCCCUCAAAGUGUUGAGCCUAAGAUACAAUUUCCUAAACGGGUCUCUCCCUUAUGAUAUCAUCUCCAAUCCCUCCCUCCAGAAUCUCUACCUUCAACACAAUAAUUUUUCUGGCACUGUCCCUACUAAUGUUUCUCCCAGCAUUAUGGCGUUAGAUCUUUCCAACAAUUCCUUCACAGGAAACAUCCCGGAAACACUAAAAGAUCUCACCCGUCUCACCACCCUCAAACUCCAAUUCAACUACUUUUUGGGACCUGUUCCCGACUUCAUCCACUGUACCAAACUCCAUGCCCUAAACCUGAGCCAUAACAAACUCAAUGGUCCAAUCCCGUUCUCCCUCCAAAAAUUCCAGGAUUCUUCAUUUUCCGGGAAUGAGCACUUAUGUGGGCCCCCGUUGAAUCGAUGCCCCACAUCCAGGAAACUCACGAACAGUGCCAUCCUAGCCAUUGCUAUCGGAUCCUUUUUACUCAUCGCGAUACUUUUGUGUUGUUUCUUGAAGAAGAACGACCGGGUCGAGAUUCCGUUGGUAAAUUGACGAUAAAGGCUGUCCCUCCCGGGAAAACGAGAAAUCGGAUGAUUUCCGGAGUGGGGUUCAAGCUGCUGAGAACAAGUUAAUUGGUCGAUACAAACACAUUUGUGUAGUAGACUAUAGUGGACUAGUUCUCAUAUUUACUUUUAGUCCAUCAUGCAUGCAUUUAGAUCAGUCAUGUUUUUUCCUAUUAAAAUUUCAAGUGUCACAUAAGCAUUUGUCAUUCUUGUCCAUAUUUGGUUAUGAGUAUUGUGUAUUGUCCUUGUUACCUACGAAUAAAAACAAGUAUGUUACAUGAAAAUAUCAAUUAAAUG